UUUUUUUGUUUUGUUUUGUUUUGUUUUUUUUUUUUAUGGGAUUCCUGAAUGUGGGAAUGAGUGAGUCUCUACAUCAAUGUUCUUGUGCCUUCUCUUGGAUUCUUUUCCUCCUGUUUGUUUGAUUUGUCCUGUACAGACCUGUUUGGUUUUGUUUGAUCUUAUUAUAUUUAAUUAUUAGCCCUUAGAAGUUUGUUUUCUAAUAGAGACAGAAAGGUGAUUGUUUCAGAUAGAUGGGGGAGUGGGGUUGGAAUUGAGAGGUGUAGAAGGAGGGAAAAUCAUCAUCAGAAUAUAUUAUAUGGGAAACACAUCCAUUUUCAAUAAAAGAAAAACAAAAGUAACAACAAUUAUGACCUCGGCACAAAUGAGUGUCUUCUUUGGGUCAAAACUCGUUAAUGUUUCAAACAUUAAAGUCCUCUUCAUCUUUAGAAAACAGUCCUGUUGCUGUUGCCAUUGUUUUUCCUGGCUACAGAUUUGAAAUUGCAUUCCUCACCCUGUUCUCUUUAUUGCUUGGAGCAGAGGGAGUAGAGAAGGUAAGAGGAUUCCUCAGAGAAGCCUGGCAGAUGGAAAAUACUAGGAUUCAUUCUCUCUCUCUCUCUCUCUCUCUCUCUCUCUCUCUCUCUCUCUCUCUUCCUCCCUCCCUCUCUCUCUCUCUCUCUCUCUCUCUCUUCCUCCCUCUCUCUCUCUCUCUCUCUCUCUCUCUCUCUCUCUCUCUCUCUCUGUAGUGGUAUACAGGGCCUCAUUAUGUAGUCUGACUGGUCUAUAGUCAUCUGUGUAGACCAGGCUGGCCUCAAACUCACAGAGAUCUUCCUGCUUUUGCUUGCUGAGAACUGGGAAAUAAGAAUUAAGGAAAUUUAUCACCAGACCCAGCCACAAGGAUGUUUUUUGAUGGGUUAUUUUUGUUUUUUUGUUUUUGUUUUUUGUUUUUUUUUUUUGAGACAAGGUUUCUCUGUCACAACUCUGUCUGUUCUGGAACUCACUAUACAGACCAGACUGCCCUUGAACUCAGAGAUCUGCCUGCAUCUGCCUCCAGAGUACUGGAAUUAAAGGCCUGUGGUCAAGGAUAUUAUUUAUAACAGGGAACCACAAUCAUAUGUCAGCAGAAUGUAAGAGCAAUCAAACAUUUCCUGUCUGAAUUCUCCUUUUACUGAAUGGUUCUAGGUGAUCAAACAUCGAUUCAAGCAAAGGACUUUCACAAACGCCUUUACCCGUUUAGCUAUCUCACUAGCAAGACCUCAGCUUUUUUAUUUUAUUUCGUAAAACUGUCUUGUAAUGAUUGAGCGUAUACAAUUAAAACACUGACAGGUCCAAAAUGACAAACACAAUUUUAGUGAAAACUUAUAUUGCAUAUUGACAUUGUGGAACAUAGCAUACAGACUACGAAUUAAUUCUAUUUUGCGACAUCAUUUGAUAUCAUUUUGUUUUAUUGUUUUAUUGUUUUACUAGCUCUGUAGCUAGCGCGGAGAAAAGGAACCAAAGAACAAUCCCAGCCUUAGAAUCUAGCAGAGGUAGAUACAAGUUACCAUGACAACAGCGCGCUCAGACAUUUUCUGACCACGCGACGCUUGGAAGAAGAAGGCCUGGGCUGCGUGUUGCGUCAUCACUACGCGCUCUGUGGCUUUCCCAGCGCUGCCUUGGAAGGUCCCGGCCAGGCUCCUGUCGCCUCCCUCUAAGAAUUAUUUUGUUCUUUUCCACCUUUGUUACUACGAGGAGCCUGCCAGGCUGUAAGUGCGGGCAGGAGGGCGGCGGGCUCCCUUCGGCGGUGCGCCCGCCCGUCAGCUUCCUCCUAGCCGGGGCCUCGCCGCGUCUACUUCCGGGCGGCGCGCCGCUCCGGGUUCGGCCCUUUGUGUCUCCGCGGCGGAGGCGCCGGCCUCGCGGGUUCUGUGGAGGCGGCGGGCGCUCGGUGCGGGCUGCGUGGCGGGAAAGCAGGCGCGCGCCUCUGCGGCCCGGCUAGUUCAUUGAAAGCUGUCAGCCUCCUCAGGGAGGUGCUUCCUAUCAAUAUGAAUCUUUUCAACUUGGACCGUUUUCGCUUUGAGAAAAGGAGUAAGAUUGAGGAAGCUCCUGAAGCAGCCCCUCAGCCCUCCCAGCCCGGUCCUUCGUCACCAAUUUCUCUUAGUGCUGAAGAGGAGAAUGCUGAAGGGGAAGUUAGCAGGGCAAACACCCCAGACUCAGAUGUAACUGAAAAAACAGAAGAUUCUAGUGUUCCAGAACCUCCAGACAAUGAAAGCAAAGCAAGUUUAUCAUGUUUCCAAAAUCAAAGAACAAUACAGGAAUAUAUUGAUUUAUCAUCUGAUAGUGAAGAUGUUUCUCCAAAUUGUUCCAGUACAGUUCAAGAGAAAAAAUUCAGCAAAGACACAGUAAUUAUAGUUUCAGAGCCAUCUGAAGAUGAAGAAUCCCAUGACCUUCCUUCUGCUACACGAAGAAAUGACAUCUCAGAACUGGAAGACCUUUCAGAAUUGGAAGAUCUUAAAGAUGCUAAGCUUCAGACAUUGAAGGAACUGUUUCCACAAAGAAGUGACAGUGAUCUUCUAAAGUUGAUUGACUCAACAAGCACUAUGGAUGGAGCCAUUGCUGCUGCCUUGCUGAAGUUCGGUGAUGCAGGUGGUGGACCCAGGAAAAGAAAAUUAUCUUCUUCUUCUGAGGCAUAUGAAGAGGAUGAAGCUAAUGAUGAUCAGUCUUUAAAAAAGCCGCGAGGGGAUCGUAGAGAAGAAUCAAAUGAGUCUGCAGAAGCUAGCAGCAACUGGGAAAAGCAAGAAAGUAUUGUGUUGAAAUUGCAGAAGGAAUUCCCAAAUUUUGAUAAACAGGAGUUAAGGGAAGUGCUUAAGGAGCAUGAGUGGAUGUACACAGAAGCCUUGGAGUCUCUGAAAGUGUUUGCGGAAGAUCAAGAUGUGCAGUGUGCUUCACAAAGUGAGGUUACAAAUGGAAAAGAAGUUGCAAGGAAUCAAAAUUAUUCUAAAAAUGCAGCUAAAAUAAAGAUGAAACAGAAAAUUUCCAUGAAACCACAAAAUGGCUUUAACAAGAAACGUAAGAAAAAUGUAUUUAAUCCUAAGAAAGCCGUAGAGGACUCUGAGUAUGAUUCGGGUUCUGAUGCUGGGAGCUCACUGGAUGAGGACUACAGCAGUUGUGAAGAAGUGAUGGAGGACGGCUAUAAAGGCAAAAUUCUCCACUUCCUUCAAGAUGCUUCGAUUGGUGAACUGACUUUGAUUCCUAAGUGUUCUCAGAAAAAGGCUCAGAAGAUAAUAGAACUCCGGCCCUUUAAUAAUUGGGAAACUCUGUUUACAAAGAUGUCCAAAAUCAAUGGCCUAUCUGAAGAUUUGAUAUGGAAUUGCAAAACGGUAAUUCAAGAAAGGGAUGUAGUUAUAAGACUUAUGAACAAAUGUGAAGAUAUUUCAAAUAAAUUAACCAAACAAGUUACCAUGCUUACUGGAAAUGGAGGUGGAUGGAACAUAGAACAGCCUUCCCUUCUAAACCAAAGUUUGUCACUCAAGCCCUAUCAGAAGGUUGGUUUGAAUUGGCUGGCAUUGGUGCAUAAACAUGGACUUAAUGGCAUUUUGGCAGAUGAAAUGGGCCUAGGAAAAACCAUUCAAGCCAUUGCCUUCCUGGCAUACCUCUUUCAAGAGGGUAAUAAAGGGCCUCAUUUGAUUGUUGUUCCGGCCUCCACCAUAGAUAACUGGUUAAGAGAAGUUAACUUAUGGUGCCCUACUUUAAAUGUGCUCUGUUACUAUGGUUCUCAAGAAGAGCGUAAACAAAUUAGAUUCAACAUCCAUAAUAAAUAUGAAGAUUACAAUGUAAUUGUUACGACGUAUAAUUGUGCAAUCAGCAGCUCUGAUGACCGCAGUCUCUUUCGACGCCUGAAACUGAAUUAUGCAAUUUUUGAUGAGGGCCAUAUGCUGAAGAAUAUGGGCUCUAUCCGCUACCAGCACCUAAUGACAAUUAAUGCACGAAACCGGUUACUACUCACGGGAACACCUGUGCAGAAUAAUCUGCUAGAACUCAUGUCAUUGUUGAAUUUUGUUAUGCCACACAUGUUUAGCAGUAGCACCAGCGAAAUCCGAAGGAUGUUUUCUUCUAAAACGAAACCAGCAGAUGAACAGAGUAUAUACGAAAAGGAGAGAAUAGCACAUGCAAAACAAAUCAUAAAGCCCUUUAUUCUCAGAAGAGUGAAAGAGGAGGUUCUUAAGCUUCUGCCUCCCAAGAAGGAUCAGAUUGAGCUAUGCGCAAUGUCAGAGAAGCAGGAGCAACUCUACUCGGGCCUUUUUAACAGAUUGAAAAAGUCUAUCAACAACCUGGAAAAAAACACAGAGAUGUGCAAUGUCAUGAUGCAAUUAAGAAAAAUGGCCAAUCAUCCUUUACUACACCGCCAGUAUUACACGGCUGAGAAGCUGAAGGAGAUGUCUCAGCUAAUGCUGAAGGAACCUACGCAUUGUGAGGCAAACCCCGACCUGAUCUUUGAAGACAUGGAAGUUAUGACAGAUUUUGAACUACAUGUCCUUUGUAAACAGUAUCAACACAUUAAUAGUUACCAGUUAGACAUGGAUUUAAUUUUAGAUUCUGGGAAAUUCCGAACCUUAGGAUGCAUCUUGUCUGAGUUGAAACAGAAGGGUGAUAGAGUGGUAUUAUUCAGCCAGUUUACCAUGAUGCUGGAUAUAUUAGAGGUUCUCUUAAAGCACCAUCAACAUAGGUACCUCCGAUUAGAUGGAAAGACUCAGAUUUCUGAAAGGAUCCAUCUAAUUGAUGAGUUUAAUACAGAUAUGGAUAUCUUUGUGUUUCUCUUGUCAACUAAGGCGGGUGGAUUAGGAAUAAACCUGACCUCAGCAAAUGUUGUUAUACUUCAUGACAUUGACUGCAACCCAUACAACGACAAACAAGCGGAAGACAGGUGCCAUAGAGUUGGUCAGACUAAAGAAGUAUUAGUUAUUAAAUUAAUAAGCCAAGGAACGAUUGAAGAGUCCAUGCUAAAAAUUAACCAACAAAAGUUGAAGCUAGAGCAAGACAUGACUACAGUAGAUGAAGCUGAUGAGGGAAGUAUGCCAGCGGAUAUAGCCACGCUACUGAAAACGUCAAUGGGCCUGUGAAAGGACAACUCAGAAUUCCUGAUCGAUGAGCAAAUAUCAACUUGGUGCAUUCAAGGACAUUCACAUCACAGUGACCGUGGGGUUUAUGAGCAUUUGUAACGUUUUAUAAUUUCAUGUUGCAUUUCACAUAGUAUGGACAACUUUUUGCCACUAACUGGAUUCUCCAGAUACUCACAUCCUGAAGAUGUUGAAUAAUCAUUUUUCAAAGCAAUUUUCUGAAUGGGGAUUAGUUGGUGAUUGUUUGUAACAAAUAUGCUAAUGCUUUAGAAAUGUCAGUAUUUUUGUAAUUAUUUCUACCUCCAAAUAUAUAUACAUAUAUAUAUAUUGUCUUUCACUGGAUAAUGUGUGUAGAUUUACAUGUGCCUUAUUUGACAAUGUUUAUGUCUUAUUUUGCCUGUCUGGUUUGAAGGUUUGAUUAUGUUAAAGAAUGCAGCUGUAUAGGUCGUUAGUCUUCAUUUUAUAUUGCUAUUUGAAGCAGAUGUUCACCAAUGUCAGUAAGAACUCAGCCUGAAUCAAAGGUGGCAUUCCAUCUACUAACAUCCCCAGGUCCUCUCCUUCUCCCGUUAGAACACAUUUGUUUGGCUAGGCACUAAGUUGUUUCCCAGUGAGUAGGAACUGGCCUUUCUCCUGCUCUGGGGCUCAGUUACUUAUUUAAUUUUCUUACUGCACCUCUGGCUCAUUAACUCUGCCUACUCUUGUGUGUGUUACCAUCAGCUUUCUCUCCCGCCUUUGCUUCUCUUAACCAUUGCCCAGUCACUUCUGCUCCAGUUUUCUCUCACACAUUUCCUACUGCUGUAUCACCAAGAUCAGCAGAUGCUGGUGACAUUUUUCUAGUCCAGCAGAACAGAUUAACUUAAACUACUUCACUUCAAAGGAAACUGGAUGUGACUUCAUACUAAGGUAGCAUUAGGUACUGCAUGGAAAUAGGCCAUUAAAUUCUUAACAAAAUAUAAUUUACCAGUUCCCAGAAUUUCCAAUACAGGACCACCAGAAGAGAAGCCAUUGUUCAAUUCCAGUUCAGUGUGGGUGACAAAGUGAAAUUUAGAAGUAAAAUUGCCUAUUUGAUAUUUCAGUCUUUAUUAACUUUUCAUUUAAAUUUUGCCUGUCAGUCUAUAUUGCUGUUUUUAUUAUACCCCAGAUUCUUUGUAUAACUUGUGAGUUUUAAGUGUUUUGUUUUAUUAUGUAAAUAUCAUUAUAAAUAAACUUAUUUAUAAACGA